AUGACGGCGCAACUUGAGACACAGGAGGCAGGUCUGCAACAGGGCUUGCAGGGGUCGGGCGCUCUGAAACUUGACAACCCUGGGAUUGACGCAGGAGACGGAGAACAAGAGGGGCUUCUUAGGCCAAGCUUGAAAUUCACUGGCCAUCAGCUCUUCUACGUCUUUGGCCUUGAUGGAGUGGGUGCAAUGGUUUUAUCCGGCGGCGUUAAUUUUGCCCUUGCUUAUCCUAUGUAUACUACGCAGGAUACCGUCAAGAACCCAAUUCGGUUGUUUCAACUGCCGAACACACUAUCGGGCGAUGCUGCUGUUACCAUCAUUGUUCAAUGCAUUCUGACGUGGUUCGUGGAGAUGGGCCUUGUUAGAUAUGACCUUUCCAAACGCUCUGUUCAACCUAUUGGCUUCGUUCCGCAGCCGUCGCAUCGGUGGCUGAGAUGGCUUUUCUUUCUCCCGCCUUCUUCGGAUCCGAAUGAUUCGGAGGAAGAGUCCGAGAAAGAGCCCAAAGAUACAUCAAAGGCUGCGUCCACAUUCAACACAAUUAUCCAGGGAGCACUGAGAGGUUUCAUACUCGCCGUCGUGGGCUUCAUUCUCCUCUGGCCAAUGUCAGUUGGUAUACUAACAACACUCGGAGAACGUGACGGCGGCGACUGGCGGUACAACGAUCAUUGGGUUCCACAGGCUUUCAAAGCCAUUCUUGGCGGCGUGCUGGGUCUACUGACGACACCUCUCAUGGCUCUCUUCUGGUUGAUCAAGGCAGGUUGGGAGGGUAAUGAUGAAAGGUCUGAUGCCAGAGAGUCUCGACGGAGUCAGUAUGCACAGACUCAGGCUUUGGGGCAGAGUCAAGACUUAUCUGCUGUGUGA